AUGAAAUUACUUAUUAAAGCUCAUAAUUCAAUCAAAAUUCCAAAUUAUUUGCGAUACCAAAAGAUUUCAGACACACAUUUUAUUGUUUAUUUAGAUGAAAUCAAUACCUCUAUUAUAGAUUUCCUACAAAAUGACAAAAUCCAAAAAAUCGAAAUAAUAAAGAAUUUUUCUCCGUUGAACAGAUGGUCAGCUGGUUAUUUACAAGAUGGAAACAGUAACUCUAUUUAUUACAACGAUUACAUGAUGAAUUAUCGCAAAUUACAAAAAAAUAAUUUAACUGGCCAAAACCAAGUCAUUACUCUUGUUGAUACUGGCAUAGACAUGGAGUCUCCAUAUUUCAAAGACGAAAAUAACGAUCCUCCAUUCAAUACAACCAAUUUUAAUCAUAGAAAAGUAAUAAGAUACGAAAUUUUGGCAGAUAACAAAGAUAGGAACGGAGGACAUGGAACACAUGUUGCAGGAAUCAUCUCUGGUGAUGCGGAAUCACUUCCUUACUCUUUGUACAACGGAAUUGCUCCGAAAUCAAAAUUAUAUUUUAUUGAUAUCGGAAAAAAGCAAUUUCUUGAUGAUGCAGAUGUAGAUUAUGAUAUAAAUGAUGUUGUAAAGAGAAUGAAAGAGCUAAAUUCCCAUAUUUUCUCAUAUUCUUGGGGAUUUCCAAUUGAUUUUUCUGAUAUUCGUUCAACUUAUGAUUAUAUUGCAGAAAAGAAUCCAGAAAUACUGUUUGUAUUCGCUGGAGGUAACUCUGGCAACAAAUUCUCUAUAUAUCAGCCUUCUGGUAGCAAAAAUGUCGUAUCAGUUGCCGGAUGCAGCCAUCCUUCAUCAGGAAACAUAGAAAACUUAAUGAUGAGAGACAUUUACAUUCUUAAGAAUGACAAAAAACGUGUAAAUGUCACUCAAACUUAUUGGUCUCCUGAUUUUUAUUCAAAAUUCAGAUUUAAUAACCAGAGUUUCUUCCGAAACCAGAGUUUUUCGACCAAAAUGAAUCCAAAAACAUUCUUUUUCAUGGAAUAUGAUAACACAACCUGUCAAAAAAUCAAAAAUUUCAAUGAAAAUCAAAGUUUGGCCAUUUUCAUAAAAAGUGACAAGAAAAUUGAAUGUCCCUCUUCAAAAAUUCCAAUUUUUCUGACAAAAGAAAAACUGAAAGGUAAUUUCAAUUGUUCUAUUAUAUAUGAACCAAAAACAAGUGAAAUAAGUUAUUCAGAAUUUUCCUCGAAAGGGCCAAAUGAUGUUGGAAUUUUGAAACCUGAUUUAGUUGCUCCAUCCAGCUAUAUCAUCUCCGCAAAGGCCAAUUCUAAAGAGAUUGUUGGUGCUAGAACAGGAACAUCCAUGGCUGCACCAUUCAUUGCUGGUUCUGCAGCUUUAAUUCGACAAUAUUUGGAAGAAGGAUAUUAUCUAAAAACAAAAAGUCAAACGGGCAUAAAAAUAAAACCAACAGCCUGUUUACUUAAAUGUUUCUUGAUCCAUUCUUGUAUUCCAAUCGUUGAACAUGAAAAAACUCCGGAUUUCUCAAUUGGCUUCGGAGUUCCAAAAUUAGAUGAUUUAUUGUUCAUCAAUGAAACUCAUGGUGGAUAUAGAUUCAUUGAUAAUAUAACAAUUGAUGCAAAUUCACAUUAUAUUUCAUCAAUAAAAAUUAUUUCACCAAAGAAGAGAAAUAUUAAGGCCACAUUAGUCUAUAAUGAUCCUGCAUUAGAUGAGGAAAGCCAAAUUCCUCUUGCUGCUGAUUUGGACCUAGUUUUGGAAUCUCCUUCAAAAAAGUUUUAUUUUGGUAAUGGAAAAGAAGAAACACACUCAACAGUCGAAUCAAUAACAAUUCCAGCCAAUGAAACUGAAGAAGGAUUCUACAAAAUUCACAUAUUUUCAAAUAAUAUGUUAUUUGUUAAUUCUGUCCGUGCAGCUAUCAUUUUCAGUGGCGAAUUUAAUCAUUUUAAUGAUGAAAAAUUCUUAGUUUUCACUAAAUUCCCUUCACAAAACAGAUGUAAAUAUCCAUCUACGGGAGUUUUAUGCCAAAUCAAUUCAACUGUAAUUAGAAGUAAUCAAAAUGUAUCGUUAAAUGUUUCUGCUAGCAAUUGGAAGUAUUUAUCCCUUAAAUUGCCGAAAUUUAACAAUUCCAUCAUUCUAAAUAUUGAAAAAUCAGAAGAAUCAGACCAGGUAUUAGCUCUUGAACUAUCAUUUAAGAAGCCUUUCAAAUAUGGAGGCCAAAGAUUGAAUUAUUUUCAUGUUACAAACCAAACUACUGAAAUCAAUGUUAAAAGAAGUUCACUGAAGAAUUUUUCCAUUGACAAUCCAUUAUUUAUUGGAUUCUACCUUAUCGGUUAUGGAAAUUGUCAGAUAAAUGCUUCAAUUCAGGUAUUAGGAAUUGAGAAAGAAUUAAUCCACCCAAGUUAUAUUAUAGUUCCUAUAAUUAUUAUAAUAGUUCUUGUUUUUAUUAUCCGAACAAGAUCUAUGAAUAUUUCUGUCGAACAAAAGAAUGAUCUCGAGCCACUAAUAACAGCUGAUACAAUGUCUGAAGAAAUUUCAACUUAG